AUGAGCCGUCUCGCCUCUUUUAAAGGCCCAUCGACGCCUAGCGCUUCCCCUGUGCGGAUAAAGUCUCCAAGUGCCCCAUCUUCGCCCUCCAGACUCACCGAGUCUACUUAUCAUCGCAAAAUCCGGACGCUAUUGCAAGAGCUGCGCGCAGUCACGGAGACAUGGGAAGACAUCGUUCUUAUGGAUGGCUUGAAAGCAGCCAAAGGCCUAGUGGACACCAGAACUGACUUGGAUAACGCGCUCCACGCCUUCUCAAAAACACAACCAACGUAUCGUUUGGUAGGGCCGAAGAUCGCUUUGAUGGAGCAAUACAUAUCUGAUUUGGAUGCUGUCGAAACGAAGCUCAAGAAGCAAUUUAUGAAGAUGAAUCACAUCAUCGAGAACAUGGAAUCUGUUCUAUGUGAAGCGCACAAAGUUAAAGGCUGGAGAUGGGUACAGGAACCCUUGUGGGUAACCUGGUCAUUGGAGAAAUUCGUCAUUUCCAUCCCAAAUAUACUUAUACCCUACCAUCGCUCAUUAACCAUGCAUGCAGAAAUCAUGCAAUCUCUACGAGCUCACAACGUGAGUUUCGACGUCUCACGCGAGGCGAUAGCAAAAUGGGCGGCGCAGCCAUUCCUUGAAGACGGCGGCUGGGAAGCUCGCUGGGAAGACCUAUGCGCAGUGGAGAUCGACCGCUGGAACGGUCAAAAAUAG